GGCACCUACUGCCGGGGGACAAUACCACUGGGUUUCAGAGUUCGCACUUCGACGCUGUCAAAAGUUCCUAAGUUAUACUACUGGUCUGCAUCGCUAUCGCCAUACAGGUCAUCUGCAAGAAACUUACUGACGAGCCCCGGAAUAACGAAGGCUGGCUGUGUGCGACUGGCUGGGAAUGUGCCAUUGCUUCCAUUGCGUUUCUGGGCGGCACGAUCAUCCAAGGACUGGCUGUUCUCACUAUCCCGACUACGUCUUCGAGCUCAUCAACAUCGGUUCAACCGUGGCUCUCAACGCCUUAAUCACACUCACUAUCGGAUCGUUGCUCAACUCUUACAUUGUCAUCGUUGCCUGUGUCGCCUGGAGGAGGAUUUCAGGGGAGCCUCUUCCCCCUCGUCAUUGGUCUUUGGGUCGAUGGGGACCUUCUGAUCAAUCUUGGAGCGCUGGCCUUUCUUAUCCCGGAAUUCGUCUUUGUCAUGUUCCCUCUCACUUCCUCGGUGACGCCGGAAUCGAUGAACUGGAGUUUGCUCAUGUAUGGCGGGAUGUUGAUCUUUUCGAUUGCCUACUACUUCCUCUACGGACGAAAAACGUAUGUUCCGCCGGUUGCAUUGGUGAAGCGUGAGGCUUGACGUUGCUUCCUUGGGGUCUAUGAGUUGUCCUUCAUCGGAGAUGACCAUGACUGGAUAUGAAAUCGCAGCAUGGCACACGUGCUUAUUGCACGUCUCUGGUGUACUAUUCUAUAAAUAUCCAUACCAUUUAAUACCCCAUUGUGUCCGCCUCGUCCUACGUCAUACCCCCAAGUACUAUAUAGUUCAGAUUAUCUCGAUCCCUAAAUGCCCCCACGCAACG